GAGCUCGGAAAGACAGGAGGCGGCCGGGCGCGCGCUCGCUCGCGAGAGAGGGAUUGGUGGGUUGCCGCCGGCUGCUGUGGUAACAGGGUUCGACUGGGGCGCAGCUCAGAAGAGCGCGCGGCUCGGGGGGGGAAUUCCUCUUCUCCCAAGAUGGCGGUGGUGGGGGGCGGGGGAGUGAACCCCUUCCUCAGUGACUCCGAAGAGUCCGAGCCAGAGGAGACCAGGCCGGGGGGCAGCAGCAGCAGCGACCCCGGCGUCUCGGGCGCUCCUCUCCCGGUCUCUUCUUCCACCUCCUCUUCGCCACCCCUUCAGCAACUGUUGCCGCCGCCGCCUGCACAGGCUGAGGAGCCGCCCCGGGUGCCCGUGGAUGCUUUAGCGGCUCAGCUGCUGCGCGACCAGUUCGUGUUGACGGCGCUGGAAUUGCACACGGAGCUCCUGGAGAGCGGGCGGGAGCUGCCUCGCCUGCGCGACUAUUUUUCCAAUCCUGGCAACUUCGAGCGGCAAAGUGCGGGCGGCACCGGAGCCCUGGCACCGACUCCUUCCGCCUCAGUAGCUCCCGGGAUCAUAGCGAUGGUCGGAGGCGGUAAGGAGCCUGGCGCCGGACAGCUCCAUCGAGCUGGAAGCAUUAGCACUCUUGAUUCCUUGGAUUUUGCAAGAUAUUCAGAUGAUGGAAAUAGGGAAACUGAUGAGCGAGUAGCUGUCCUGGAGUUUGAACUACGGAAAGCAAAAGAGACCAUUCAGGCCCUCCGAGCCAACCUGACUCAGGCUGCAGAAAAUGAAGUUCCUUUACAGGAACGAAGAAAUUAUAAAUCAAGUCCUGAAAUUCAGGAACCAAUUAAACUUCUUGAAAAAAGAGCUUUAAACUUUUUAGUCAAUGAAUUUUUGUUAAAGAAUGGAUACAAGCUUACUUCAAUAACUUUUUCAGAUGAGAAUGAUGAUCAGGAUUUUGAACUAUGGGAUGAUGUAGGACUGAACAUUCCAAAACCUCCAGACUUGUUACAACUGUACCGUGAUUUUGGAAAUCACCAAGUUAUUGCAAAAGAUAUUGUAGAUGUAGCAGUUGGUCCAGAAGAGGAUGAACUAGAGGCAACUACUCCUAUCCUAGAAAACAUUCCUGUAUUUGGAACAUCAGAAUCAAUAGAGCAAUGCGUGUUGGUGCAGAAAUUAGAAGAUCAAAUUAAUGCAUUAAGCACAGAAAAAUGGUCUCUUACGGAGCAGAUACAAAGACUUGAAAGUGAAAUAGACUACUUGAGAAGUCAAAAAACUUCUAUUCCAACAAUAUGUGACGCAGUACAGUCAUCUUCAGCCCAAGUGCCUCUCACGCUCCCAGAUGAUAAUGGAAAAUAUUUAGACAUUAAAAGUUCAACUAAUGAUGAUAAACUUGGGAGAACUGAAGAAGAAAUAACUUUAAUGGCAUCUGAAUGUAGGACUUCUAAAGAGGAUAUUGGAAUACCUUUUGCUUAUAAAGAAAGAGAAAAAUUUCCACCUUGUUCCCCAUCAAAUAAAGCUGCCAUACAUUUUGAUAAACCUAAUAGAAAGUUAUCACCUGCAUUCCAUCAAGCAUUGCUGUCAUUUUGCCAGAUGUCAGCAGAGAGCCGUUUGGGAUCAGAGGUGUCUCGAAUUGCUGAUAGUGAAAAAAGUGUCAUGCUGAUGCUUGGACGUUGUUUACCACAUAUUGUUCCUAAUGUCCUGCUUGCAAAACGAGAGAAAAUGGUUGCACAUCUAUGUCAGGAGUUGAUUCCACUCAUUCUGUGUACAGCUUGCCUCCAUCCUGAACCUAAAGAAAGAGAUCAACUCCUUCACAUACUGUUCAACUUGAUCAAAAGGCCAGAUGAUGAGCAAAGGCAAAUGAUUUUGACUGGGUGUGUAGCAUUUGCACAGCAUGUUGGACCUACACGUGUAGAAGCUGAACUCUUGCCACAGUGCUGGGAGCAGAUCAAUCACAAAUAUCCAGAAAGGCGGCUAUUAGUAGCAGAGUCUUGUGGAGCAUUGGCACCAUAUCUUCCUAAAGAAAUUCGUAGUUCAUUGGUUCUUUCCAUGCUACAGCAGAUGCUAAUGGAAGAUAAAGCAGAUCUGGUACGAGAAGCUGUAAUCAAAAGUCUUGGUAUCAUCAUGGGAUACAUUGAUGAUCCAGACAAAUAUCAGCAGGGAUUUGAACUGCUACUCUCAGCAUUGGGUGAUCCCUCAGAACGAGUCGUUAGUGCAACUCAUCAAGUAUUCUUACCAGCUUAUGCUGCUUGGACUACAGAAUUAGGAAAUUUACAGUUGCAUCUUAUACCUACAUUGCUUAGUAAAAUUGAAAAAUUACUCAAGGAAAGUGAACAUGGACUGGAUGAACAUAAACUCCACAUGUAUCUUUCCGCUUUACAAUCCUUGAUACCUUCUCUUUUUGCACUGGUGUUGCAAGAUGCCCCCUUUACAAGCAAAGCUAAGCUUCAGGGAGAAGUCCCACAUAUAGAAGUAACAAGAUUCCCAAGACCUGUAUCACCUUUACAGGAUGUGGCCACUAUAAUCGGAAGUCGGGAACAACUAGCUGUAUUGUUGCAGCUUUAUGAUUACCAGUUAGAACAUGAGGGUACCACAGGAUGGGAUACCUUACUAUGGGUUGUCAAUCAACUAUUGCCUCAACUUAUUGAAAUUGUUGGUAAAAUCAAUGUAGCUUCAACAGCCUGUGUUCAUGAAUUCUCAAGGUUUUUCUGGCGACUUUGCCGAACAUUUGGAAAAAUUUUCACCAAUACAAAGGUAAAACCACAAUUCCAGGAAAUUUUACGGCUCUCUGAGGAGAACAUCGAUGCUGCAGCAGGGAACGGAGUACUAACAAAAGCCACAGUUCCUAUCUACGCAACAGGUGUACUUACAUGUUAUAUCCAGGAAGAAGAUCGUAAGCUGUUAGUAGGAUUUUUAGAAGAUGUGAUGACUAUGCUUUCAUUAUCUCAUGCUCCCCUUGAUAGCCUAAAAGCAUCUUUUGUGGAAUUAGGUGCAAACCCAGCAUACCAUGAAUUGCUGCUAACUGUAUUAUGGUACGGAGUUGUCCAUACUUCAGCACUUGUUCGAUGUACAGCUGCCAGAAUGUUUGAGACCCUAGAUGUGAGACAGAGGGGAAGCCUUACAGUCAAGUGGAUAUGGUAUGGCGCUUCAGAAUUCAUCCAUUUUUACAGACGGAACCAGUUAUGUUAAAAAUACUGUCGGGGAAAAUAGUACUUUAUCUGAUCUAAUAUAUUUAGAUUCCUAAAAGUACAUUUUAAUAUUAUAUUCUGUUUUAAAAUAUUUUAAAGUAGUUGUGCACUGUGUGAUGGAGCAGGAUGUUAAUCCUAUAGUUUGAAAUGAAUUUUUCAUUUUUUUUUUCUUAAGUAUUGCUGUGUUACAUGUGUUUUUGAAACAUUUCAGGGGAACAGACCAAAUGAGACUUUUAUUUCCAACCUGAAUUGGUGCGUUGCUUGCUUCAAAACUUCUGUUAGCUCUGAGAAAUCAUUUCAGUGCUGAAUUCAGUGUUCAAACCAGCCAUCAAUGGAAAAUACCUUGUGAAUUGGACAGUUUCUAUAAAAAUGUUUGAUUGCUUCCAGUGGUAACAUCUGAAAUUGCCUGUACUAUAAUUAAAAUAAAUAUUAAGUAAGGAAAAGAAUAGCAUGCUUUUCUUGUUUUGCUUGAUAUCGCUGGUAGAUAGAACUGAAAGAAAGGGGGUAAAAAAUUCGCGUAUGGUUCCUGAUCUAACCACACAGCAAACUGUACAAGCUGCAAAAUGGAAAUACUCCUUUUCAGCUUUGUAUCAGAUUAUCCACUUGUUUUAAGUUAUUCCUCAGAUUUUACCAAUGUCACUUUAGUAGUACCUAAACUACUAAGUGGGAAGAUAGGCUAUACCUUUAAUGAAUAGAUAUGAUUGAUUGGAGCAUUUUCAUGUCCUAAAAUAAAUCUUUUGACCCUGAUCAAUACGUAAGGGCCAUCUUGCCAUUUUCCCUACACACACAACAAUACUUGUCUAAUUAAAGAUAAGGAAUUAAAUAGAAAUGUUAGUAAUUAUGUGCAAGUACUUUACUUUCUAAAGGCCAUUUAAAUCUUUAAAAAAAUACAGCAGGUUGCAAAGCAUAUAAGGUCAAAAACAGGCUUUUAUUUUGUUUUGCCACAUAUAUUUUUCUUCAUAUUAAGGUGAACUCAGUUGACAGUAUUGGGAACUCAGUCUUUACUUGAACUGUAUUUAUGUUUCCUAUGCUAGAUGUAUUUCCUUUUUAUAAUUCAGCUGAAAUAGCAGUAAUACACAUCUAUAAUUAACUCUAAUACGGCUAUAUAAAGCUUAGUCGGGUAGUGAAGAAGUACUGUUUUUUUCAGAGUAUAAGACGCACCUUAGUUUUUGGGAAGGAAAAUAAGAAAAGAGCUGAUUGGUAGGCGGAUUGACCUCCCGGAAUACCCCCAAUCAGGUGAAUUUUAGCAACAGGUUUCUUGGUUGUGAGCUCUGUGCCAUGCUUUUUUUUUUUUUUGGCUUUUUUUUCCUGCCUUUGAAACUCCUUUUCAGAAAAAAACUUUUUUUUGCCUCUGAAAGCCUCCAAAACAGAACUUCAGAAAAAAAGGCUUUGAAGCUCCGUUUGGGGCUUUUUUCCUAACCAGGAGCUCCAUUUGGGGCUUUUUUUCUGAAGCUUCGUUUGGAGCUAUUUUUUCUAAGCUCCUUGGAGCUCCGUUUGGGGCUUUUUUUCUGAAGCUCCGUUUAGAGCUUUUUUCAGCCUCUAAAACCUCCGUUUGAGAAGCUGGGCCGGGCUACAUUUGGAGUAUAAGACGCACCUAGAUUUUCACCCUCUUUUUGGGGGGAAAAGGUGUGUCUUAUACUCCGAAAAAUACGGUAUUUGAUGUUGGUCUAAACUAACAUGCUGUUUUUGACAUAGUUUUCCCUUUUGUUCUGUAUGUUUCUGUGUGCUUGCAUGUCAUAAAUUAAUAUUAAAUUGAACAUAAUCUUGAGUACUCUGUGUUGAUCCAGAUUUGAUCCUGGUUUGAACACUAUCCAUGCACAGUAAGGAUAUCAACUUGAAUCUCUGUUAUAGUACAUAAGUUAAAACCAUGGGUGGGCAUUGAUUCUCUGUUACCUAUUUACCUGCUGAGUGUUUAAAGUUUUAUGUAGAUUGCAAGACUAAGUAGCUCAUUAUCUGGUAUAGCCAGGCAUUUAUAUUUUUAUGCAAGAGUACCAAUUCAAGUUCUAUUAAUGUGAAUUAUAUUUUUAGUUGCUAGAUAUCUGAAACUGUAUUCUUGCUUUUUAAAUUAAAAUACAUUAAUAAUCUACACAAACGCUAUAGUAUAAAAGCAAAAACUGUACAAGAUUGAAGUCAGCCCACCCCUGGUUUAUAACAAGACAAGUAACCAUUGUGGCUUUCUAUCAAUAAAUCCUACUGUUACAUCUUAAAAUCAAAAUACAUUCUAAAAUGAGAAUCCAGGUUCUCUUUAUCUUCUUAUUAUCUUAAGCUUCUUUUUUAUGUUCUUUUUAUCUUAGGUAUGCAUGUACUUAAAUAAUUAGAAGCCUUAGUUAGGAUUAAAAACUUUUAUUUUUAAAAAAAGCUGAUGAAAUAAUACUAUUUCAUUAGAAAUAAUUAGAUUAGAUAAAUGAUUAGAAAUAGGAAUUAUGUCAGAAUCGUGCAUUGUUUGGAUUUCCAGUAAAAUGUUUCCUAACCUCCUGCCCUUUACAAUUAUACCUUACAGCAGGGGUGUCAAACUGGCAGCCUGCAGGCCGGAUGUGUCACGCACAGGCCAUACCCACCCCAGCUCCGCAAAGGGGAAAAUGUCACAAUAGAUCACGUGAUGGCAGCAUGGCGCCACGUGUUUGACACCUAUGCUUACAGAAUCCCUGCCACUAUAGACAUCCUUAGUACAGAAACACAGACAAUUAAAAUCAAGGUUAUGCUCUUUUUCAGAGCAAGAUGGUUUGCUUCUGGGAUUAAAAUAUUCCAACACACCUGAGUUUGGUGAGUCAGGUUUUAAUGCUCAAAUGCCAGCCCCAGACCAACCCUAAUAGAAUUUGUUGCCAUUUUCUACAAGUUUACCCGACCUUUAAAAUUCUUAUCUUUUAAUAGUUUAUGCUCACAAAUCACAAGAACUGUUUUGGAGUACUUAAUUAUCUGUUCUUCAUAUGGAAUUGGGAUUUUUUUUCCCAUUUAGUGCACAUGACACAUUCCUACAUUUCAGAAAAACUCAAGUUGAGACAAGGAUGUUGAGACUCUAGAAAGAGUGCAGAGAAGAGCAACAAAGAUGAUUAGGGGACUGGAGGCUAAAACAUAUGAAGAACGGUUGCGGGAACUCGGUAUGCCUAGUUUAAUGAAAAGAAGGACUAGGGGAGACAUGAUAGCAGUUGCCACAAAGGUUGAGGGAGGUUGCCACAAAGAAGAGGGAGUCAAACUAUUCUCCAAAGCACCUGAGGGUAGAACAAGAAGCAAUGGGUGGAAACUAAUCAAGGAGAGAAGCAACCUAGAACUAAGGAGAAAUUUCCUGACAGUUAGAACAAUUAAUCAGUGGAAAAACUUGCCUACAGAAGUUGUAAAUGCUCCAACACUGGAAAUUUUUAAGAAAAUGCUGGAUAGCCAUUUGUCUGAAAUGGUGUAGGGUUUCCUGCCUGGGCAGGGGGUUGGACUAGAAGACCUCCAAGGUCCCUUCCAACUCUGAUAUUAUUAUUAUAUAAGUUUCUUUUGUAGAGCUAUAACAAGGUAGCCAUAAUGGAGCUUUGUAAACUUCAAACAUUAUUUUGAAAUUUAAACAUUCUAAUUUAAUUUAAACAUCCUAAACUAACAUUCAGGAUACUGUCAGGAUCUUUUGUUGUCUAACAGCUCUAUAGUUGGUCUGUAUUGCCUGCUUGGGCCACUUAACGCUUUCAUCAUACCUUCUGCCUAGUUAUAUUAAAAAAGCACUUUAGCGUAGCGAUACUUGCUUCUAAUUUUGGUUUGCCUUUUGUGUUUCUCUUCCUUUUGGUUACGUGUUCUUCCCAUGAUACUGUGCUCACUCUUUCCGUGCAUCACCUGUGAUAUACCCCUCUGCUCUGCCC